CCAGUCAUGCUCGACGAUCCCUGCUCUUAUAUUCAUUGAACGUUGGGAAUGUGCCCCACUUCACCAGAUGCGCAGCGUUUGGCACGGCAGGGGCUUCCCGAUUGUCACUAAUGGAAGGUUUUUAAUGCCCCUUAAAUGCCUUAAUCUGUGGGCUUAACAUAUAAAAUGUUUCAUGUUGGUAAAGUUAUUGUAGGGGUGGCCUUUUAUGUGGUAGUGGGGAGUUGGAAGGUCGUGGGGUGGAGAGAUCAGCAUCGAGGUUUAAGGCCUCAGGUUACCUUUGCCUCAAAAAAACUGGUAACAGGUUAGGUUCACCGCAUGUCUGUGUAGUUUUAUACUGAAAAGAAUUGCGGCGGUUUGUCUGAAGUGAUGCAGAUGGGUAUUGCAGUUAAAUCGAAAGCAUGAUGUAGUGUAAUCAUGCAUACACAUGUUUCAUUGAAAAAUUCAUACCGUUUGGAAAGGUACAUGGGACCGCAGUUGUAAGCUUUAUUUGUUGCAUGGGUAUUUUCAGAUGCUUGGAUUAUUAGGCCGGACCUUAUGAAAAAAGCCUUCUCUCCCGGUUCCAAGAAAGAGAUUUCAGACCCGUUUGGUUUAGAGCACCCCCUGCUGGUGGCAAUAAUAUAAAAGUUUGAGGUGGUUAGUGGCUAUUCACAGUGCAUGGGUACCAUUAAAGCCUGUGAUGUGAUUGGCGCUCCGUGCAUCACCCUGAUUAUACAGAAGACGUGGAUAUGGAUGAAAGGUUACGUACACAGAAAAUGCCCUUAAGGGACAAAUGCUGUCAGACUGACCAUCAUCACCAUAGUUGUUGUAAACCAGUUUAUGUACAAGAACCUGGAGAUCCACCUUUAUUGCAGCAGCAGCUGCAGACCUCAAAGUCUGGUAUACAGCAGAUCAUUGAAUGUUUUCGAUCAGGAACUAAACAACUUAAACAUAUCUUGCUUAAAGAAGUGGAUACCAUCUUUGAAUGUAAGCUGUGCAGAAGUCUCUUUCGUGGGCUACCAAAUCUGAUAACACACAAAGAAAUCUACUGUUCCUCGCAUCUUAAGAUGUCAGAAGAGCCUCCCGAUGCGAAUGAUAAACAAAGUCAAGCAAUUAGGGACUUACUGGAAGCCAUUUACCCUAGAGUGGACAGUCAAGAAUAUGUUAUUAAAUUAGAACCCAUAGAAACAAAUCAGAAUGCAGUGUUUCAGUACAUUACUACAGCUGAUGAUAUAGGUCACAAUAAUGGUGCUCACAGUCAAAAUGAGGGACAUGGUGUUUUCACUCGUCAGUCUGAAGCAUUUGUUACAGUGGAUAAGAACAGUACAUCACAACAUUCUGCCGAACAUUCAGCUAAUGAAAAACCUGUGCGACUCCACAGUGCAACAGAGCCCUUGAAAAGAGCUGACAAUGUCCUGUCAUUAACAUGUUGUGUUUGUGGAAAAGUGUUUAAUUCAAGAAGGGGUGUACGCAGACAUGUUAGGAAAGUUCAUAAAAAAAGAAUGGAUGAACUUAAAAAAUGUACUCCAGAGAAGAAAAGCCCUGAAGAAACAGCAACUGUGAAAGUACAAUCUAAGCCUGUAAUGCUGACACUGGGCAGGAACUGUCCUUUGUGUCAUAAGUCAUUCGCUACCAAAGCCAAUGUGCGUAGGCAUUUUGAUGAAGUCCAUAGAGGAUUACGGAGAGAUUCCAUUACACCUGAUCUGGCUACAAAGCCUGGUCAGCCUUUGUCCCUCGGAACAUGUUCUUCUUUAAAGUCUUUGUCACCAGCAGGGAACAAGAAACCUCCAUCAAAGGCAGAGUAUAGUCUAACUGCAUGCAAAUGCCUUUUGUGCAAAAGAAAGUACAGUUCACAGAUUAUGCUAAAAAGACACAUGUUAAUUGUUCAUAAAAUAAGUCUCUGCUUAACUGAUCCAAAAGUAGAAAAGGGGCCGAACAGUGCUAACAAUAGUACUGAAGUUAAAAAGUCUGAAGUCCAAGUUCCAACAGUUCUUUUAGAACCUCUGCCCGCUUCUAUCACUAACUCACCGCAAAAUGAAUUCAAGGUAACGAGUCAAAUUUGUGAGAAGAAAAGCACACUAACAGUACAGAAAAGUAAAGUUAAAACUGAAACAGAGAGUCCCAAAUCAACAAGCCCACCUGUUGUAGUUCAACCAAAAAAGAAGCCCAAAUUGGCAGCGGGUUUUGACUUUAAGCAACUUUAUUGUAAGCUGUGCAAGCGCCAAUUUACUUCUAAACAAAAUUUGUCCAAACACAUUGAGCUACACACAGAUGGAAACAAUAUUUAUGUAAAAUUUUACAGGUGUCCCCUCUGCUCUUACGAGACCCGUCGUAAACGUGAUGUUAUCAGACACAUAACAGUUGUGCAUAAAAAAUCUUCACGUUACCUCGGGAAAAUAACAGCAAAUUUGGAAAGUAGAGCAGUGAAAAAACCUAUUGAGUACGUCCUUAAUAGGGUACCAAGAAAAGAUGAGCUGGGUGACGAGGAAGGAAUUUGUGAGGAGUCUAAACAGGACAGCACUUCGGAUGCUCCUCCUAAUAAAACAGAAGGAGCCGAUACUGGAGUGGAAGUGAAGGUCACUAAAAACUUUUCCUUGCAUAAAUGUACAUGUGGAAAGGCUUUUGCCAAAAAGACUUACCUUGAGCUUCAUAAGAAAUCGCACAAAACUAAUGAAUCAAGCUCUCCUGAAGAAAAUAAAAUCCAGGGUCGCACCACAAGAUCAAAGACUGUUGUCUGGUAAGAAUUCACAGCGGCUUU